UCUCGCACGAACCCUGGAGCUGGGGAUUUCAUCUAACACUAUGGGCCGCAAGAAAGUUGCUCGCGGCUCCAGGAAAGAGAGCGGUCGUGUUCGGCGACCCCCCGGCCGCUCUCUGGAUGCUUUCGCUGAGGAGGUGGGCGCUGCGCUGCGCGGUGAGUUUGGAGCAGUCGGAGCAGCGGGUCUGGCCUGGGAGCAGGCGCUGAGGACCCGGUCUUCUCUCUCUCUCUCUCUCUCUCUCUCUCUCCUUGUAGCAUCCGUGCAGUCCGAGGAGGCCGAGGACCAGGGCGGCCCGGGCCCUGCGGCGCUGCCUUGUGCCUUGGCUAUGUGGGAGCUCGGCCACUGCGACCCCAAGCGCUGCACGGGCCGCAAACUGGCCCGUCUGGGUCUGGUGCGCUGCCUGCGCCUGAGCCAAAGAUUUGGCGGUCUGGUGCUCAGCCCAGUAGGCACUGAGUACGUGUCUCCGGCAGACAGACAGCUGGUGGCACAGUCAGGGGUCGCGGUCAUAGACUGCUCCUGGGCCAAACUGGAUGACACACCCUUUGAGAAGAUGCGAGGGAGCCACUUGCGGCUCCUGCCUUACCUCGUAGCCGCCAACCCUGUAAACUAUGGCCGGCCCUGCAAACUUUCCUGUGUGGAAGCUUUCGCUGCUGCCUUCUGCAUCGUAGGCUUUUCAGACCUUGCUGUCAUUUUGCUUCGGAAGUUUAAGUGGGGCAAGGGCUUCCUCGACCUGAACCGGCAGCUCCUGGAUAAGUAUGCUGCUUGCCGUGGCCCGGAGGAGGUGCUGCAGGCUGAACAGGGCUACUUGGCUAGCACCAAGGACACCCCUGAGGAGGACAUCGAUCCCUUUGAUGUGGACUCAGGGCGGGAGUUUGCAAACCUCAACAGGCCUGUGGCCAGCACCCGGCUGCCUGUGGACAUGGAUGACACUGAUGGGUCCGAGGAACACAGUGAAGAUUCUGGGGAGGACAGUGAUGAGUGUGAGGAACCAGGACCUGGUGCUAAUGGAGGAGACAGCAGCUACUCUGGAGCAGAAGAGACCCCAGAACAAGAGGCUAAGGCUAGAGACUCCACUGAAAUUUGGAAAGGAAUCAAGAAACGACAGAGAGACUGAAGGUCGCAGACAUAUUAUUGAAGCUGCUGUGCAUCAUUCAGAAGUGGCAGUAGGACCUGGGGAUGGAUGGGCCUGCUGGGACAACCUUGUCUAGAGUCUUGCCUUAGUGCUCUCAAUAAAACCAAGGAGGAGCCCCCGCUAUGGGUCUGUUGCUUUGU